ACCAGCAUACACUGGGGUCCUGUCGUGGCCUCUCUGUCUUUUGUGUUUGGGAGCUCAGAGAGACAGAAAGAAAGAGAAAGAAAGUGUGAGAAAGAGGAAAAGAGGAAGCAAAAGAAAGCCGGAAGAAAAAAAGACGACAUAGAUGACAUCACAGCUAUUUUAUCCCACAACUGAACAAUUUGGUGACCCUCGGAUCUCCUCAUUUUACAGCCAUGGACAACUCACAAGGCUUGGGAGGAAUGAAAGGAGGUAUCGGGGGUCUCUUUGGAGGAGGUGCACCUGAAUACUCCAACACAGAGCUCGCCGGUGUUCCCUUGACUGGAAUGAGUCCUUUGUCCCCUUACCUCAAUGUCGACCCUCGUUACCUUGUUCAGGACACAGAUGAGUUUAUUCUGCCCACCGGUGCCAAUAAAACAAGAGGGAGGUUUGAACUGGCUUUCUUUACCAUUGGAGGCUCCUGCAUUACUGGAGCAGCAUUUGGAGCUGUGAAUGGUCUCAGAGUGAGCCUGAAGGAGACCAGAGACAUGGGAUGGUCCAAACCUCGUAAUGUGCAGAUUCUCAACAUGGUGACCAGACAGGGUGCUUCAUGGGCCAACUCUCUGGGCUCAGUUGCCUUGUUAUACAGCGUUUUUGGAGUGGCUAUAGAGAAGGCCAGAGGAGCGGAAGACGACAUCAACACAGUGGGCGCUGGGACGCUAACUGGGAUGCUCUUUAAAUCCGGCAGUGGAUUAAGAGGUGUAGCAAGAGGAGGCCUGGCUGGUUUAGCCUUAUCUGGUGCCUACGCUCUCUACAGCAACUGGGACCACCUCACUGGCUCCUCCUCCUCCUCCCCGUCCUCCAGGCUGUACUAACCCUCUCCCACACACAUCUGCUUUACAUUAGGGCCAAAUAUCUCUCCAGGACACAGCCUUUCACCACAGCGCUAAGAGGAAUUACACUCUGGUCAAAUGCAGUGUGCUUUUCAGGGAAGUGUGGGCUCUUCCCAGUACUCUCCUUUCCAGGAACCUUCUGGGGAAUCAAAACAUGUUUGAAAAAAAGGAAGAUUGGACUAAACUCUGCUGGGAAUCGAGAUGUAGACCGUCCUAUAACACCCCUCUCUUCAGUAAUCCACAGGGGGGGAUUCCUGUCACUGAUCUGAUCAGUCAUAAGAACAUUUUUUUUUAAUAGAAGUGUGUCAUUUGUUAUGUUAUUGUUUAUGGGAGACGUAUAAGUCUUCUUUAAUGCUAAUUCAAUUAACCUGUGAUACAUGGGUUAAAUAUGCCAAAAGGUGACACCUAGUGUGGUUCACCUGAAGCAUGUUCUGAUUCUGGACUGAAAGACUCUUCUGGUAGAAGAGCAAAGAGAUUUUCAUUUACGAAGGACAAAGGAAGAACUAAGCCUUAAGGUCAGUUCUGAAUACUGUUGUAUUUAUUGAAGCGUAUAUGCAGUGUUCCUGAUUUACUGUGCAAGAUGAAAUCACUAAAGCUGUUUGUGUCUCCCUAACACUCGCUGUAUUGAGAACUAUAUUAAAAAAUUUGACAAA